GCGAUCUAAACACUUUCAACGUUGACGUUGACGUCGAGCACGACUUCCUCCCCUGAGUUCCCUCCCGCCAUUCACAUCUCUACGGCCCAGGCCGUCUUUUCCUUUCUCUUCUAACUCCAAUUUCAAGGCCCGACGUCUUACCGGGCACUGAGCGUAGUAUUUGGCGGCAAUACGGGACGGUAGUUCAUGACAGAUAUCCCCCUUCAUCCUCUCCGGAAACACAAGAAUCGCGCUGGAUACACUCAACUAAACGAUAUUGAUAUCGAAGCUGGCCCUGGGUCGGCAGAUUCUCCCGAGAACCAAACCACAAUGCCUAGUCCAAUUGCGUCCGCGAGGAAGGCAGGGAAGAAGUCACGCAAAGACCGCUAUGCAGAUGAUCCAGAAGAAGCGGCCAGUUUGCUGGGAGGGGAAGUGUACGAUGAGGAGGAAGGAUAUGUCGAGGAAACGCCGCUCAGAGAAGUCCAGAAACCCAGAUCUGCUUCAAUAUUAUCCAAGGGUAGGGGCUCACAGAAGGACAAGUCGCGUACAGUACCAUUCCGGCCACCAGACAAAUUACAGUCGCAGUUUCCUCCAAAUAUUGUCCGUAAUCAAAAGUAUAAUGCCUUUACAUUCUUCCCCAUCGUUUUCUAUGAACAAUUCAAGUUCUUCUUCAACCUAUACUUCCUGCUGGUGGCUCUGUCUCAGUUUAUACCGGCGCUGAAGAUCGGAUUUAUUGUUACGUCCAUCGCGCCUCUUGCGUUUGUCCUUUUUGUCACGAUGGGAAAAGAGGCGUACGAUGAUUACAAGCGCUACCUUCGGGACCGAGAAGCAAACUCACAGAAGUAUCUCGUCAUUGAACCCCCUUCAGCUUCUGAAAGCGGAACCUCUCACCACAAUACAUACCUUGACACGCACGCAAAUACACGUUCUGUCCCUUCAUCCUCUCUACGCGUCGGUGAUUUAGUCAGGCUAGAGAAGAAUCAACGAGUACCAGCUGAUAUGGUUCUACUACAUACAUCGGAUGCCUCUGGAACAUGUUUUAUCCGUACCGACCAACUUGACGGAGAGACAGAUUGGAAGUUGCGAGUCGCAAUACCAGAAUGUCAAAAGUUAGACGAGAGCGACCUCGUAAGGCUUGAUGCUGAGAUAUAUGCUGAUGCACCCAUCAAGGAUAUCCACUCAUUUAUUGGCACAUUUACCCUCAAUAAUCCUCCUCAUCAGGCUUUGUCACAAAGCCAAUCCGACGUUCCCUUACAUCCGUUACUACCUUCGGUAGCACCAUUAACUGCGGAGAACAUGUUAUGGUCCAACACAGUUCUCGCUGCCGGAAAUGCGGUCGGAUUUAUCGUCUACACCGGCGCCGAAACACGGGCUGUCAUGAACACCAGUCAUCCGGAGACGAAGGUCGGCUUGCUGGACCUGGAGAUCAACAAGCUGGCCAAGAUUCUUUGUGCUGUGACAUUCGCACUAUCCUUGGUUCUGGUCGCGCUCAACGGAUUCAGGGGCUCUUGGUACAUCUACGUUUUCCGUUUCUUGAUUCUCUUCUCGUCUAUCAUUCCCAUCAGUUUACGUGUCAAUUUAGACAUGGGCAAAACUGUAUACGCGCAACAAAUAAUGAAUGAUUCCGAGAUCCCAAACACGAUAGUACGGACCAGCACGUUGCCCGAGGAACUGGGGAGGAUCGAGUAUCUGCUGAGCGACAAGACUGGUACACUGACACAGAAUGAGAUGGAAAUGAAGAAGCUUCAUAUGGGAACCAUGUCGUAUGGCUUUGAUUCCAUGGACGAAGUCGCUCAUCAACUAGCCGUAGCGUUCGGUGCUGAUCAAUCGCAUGCGCGUCAGGGUACGAUACCCACAGGAGCCCAACUAGCCACGCGUGGACGAAGGGACAUGUCAUCACGAGUGCGCGAUGUCGUUUUGAGUCUGGCACUGUGCCAUAAUGUCACCCCGGUUACCAAUGAUGAUGGUUCAGUCACCUAUCAGGCUUCCUCCCCUGAUGAAGUCGCUAUUGUGCAAUGGACGCAGUCCAUCGGCCUCACCUUAGUGUUCAGAGAUCGUACCAAGAUUGAGCUACAGACACCCACCGGAUCGAGGAUCGUCUUCGAAGUGCUCGACAUAUUCCCUUUCACGUCAGAAUCAAAGCGCAUGGGUAUCGUUGUUCAAGAUGUCCAGACGGGGGAGAUCACCUUCCUACAGAAGGGUGCUGAUGUUGUCAUGGCUAAGAUUGUCCAACGGAAUGACUGGUUAGAGGAAGAGACGGCCAAUAUGGCCCGUGAGGGGUUGCGUACACUCGUGAUGGCCAGGAAGCGGUUGAGUGGCCAAUCGUAUAACGAGUUCAAGCAGCGAUAUCAUGAUGCCAGUGUCAAGCUGGAAGGACGGAACGAGGCUAUGGCUGCAGUAGUAUCGGAGUACUUGGAACAUGAUCUCGAGCUCCUAGGAUUGACGGGUGUCGAGGAUAAGCUCCAGGACGAUGUAAAGUCGACGUUGGAACUUCUUAGGAACGCCGGAAUCAAGAUCUGGAUGUUGACGGGAGACAAAAUCGAAACCGCAAGGUGUAUAGCUAUCUCGACGAAGCUGGUUGCUCGAAAUCAGUACAUUCAUGAGGUUUCCAAGUUGAAGACCUCAGAUGAGGUUCGGGACCAGUUGGAAUUCUUGCAGUCAAAAUUAGAUUGUUGUCUUGUUAUUGACGGAGAAUCGUUGCAGUUGUGUCUCAAUCUCUUCAAAAAUGAGUUCAUCGAAAUCGCAACCAAACUAUCUGCGGUGGUUGCUUGCCGUUGCUCACCGACCCAGAAAGCGGACGUAGCACGUCUCAUCAGGAAACAUACAAAGAAACGCGUGUGCUGUAUUGGUGACGGUGGUAACGAUGUCAGCAUGAUCCAGGCUGCUGAUGUAGGGGUCGGUAUCGUCGGAAAAGAAGGCAAACAAGCCUCUCUCGCAGCAGACUUUUCCGUUACCCAGUUCAGCCACCUGACGAAGCUACUGCUCUGGCACGGGAGGAAUUCUUAUCGUCGCUCAGCGAAGCUCGCACAGUUUGUCAUCCACCGGGGGUUGAUCAUCUCAAUUAUGCAAGCUGUGUUCUCGGCCAUCUUUUAUUUUGCUCCCAUUGCGCUUUAUCAGGGAUGGCUGAUGGUUGGGUAUGCGACGGUUUACACGAUGGCUCCUGUGUUCUCGCUCGUGUUGGAUCGCGACGUGGAUGAAGAUGUUGCACUGCUAUACCCCGAGUUAUACAAGGAGUUGACUAAGGGUCGAGCCUUGUCGUAUAAGACUUUUUUUCAGUGGCUGAUGAUCAGUCUAUAUCAAGGUGCGGCGAUAAUGAUCAUGUCCUUGGUCCUGUUCGAGAAUGAGUUUUUGCACAUCGUCUCAAUAUCCUUCACGGCGCUUAUUCUUAACGAACUUAUCAUGGUGGCUCUGGAGAUCACAACAUGGCACCUCUAUAUGGUAGUAUCAGAAAUUGUUACCCUGUUCUUCUAUAUUAUUAGCAUUGCCUUUCUGCCUGAAUACUUUGAUCUCUCAUUCGUUGUUACACUGGGAUUUGGAUGGAAGGUUGCCGUCAUCGUCGCCAUCAGCGCGCUACCACUGUAUAUAAUCAAACUCAUUCGGAGUAGAGUCGCACCAGCCGCAUCAAGUAAACUAUGAUCACACAGAUACCACACCA